AUGUUUAGAACACCCACUAUGGAUGAUACUAAUGAGAUCACCAUUAACCUUCUUCUCCUGGGAAGAACCAAAAGUGGCAAGAGUUCGCUUGGAAACAGUUUGCUCGGCAGUUGUGAAUUUGAAAGCCAGUUUUUCCCACAGUCAGUGACCAGUGAGUGUCAGCUCUGCAGAGCCAGUAUACCUCAGUUUGGUCGCCGGAUGGGUCAAGAUCUGUGCCUGAGAUUGCGAGUAUUAGAUACACCUGGCUUUCCGCACAGCAGCCUGAGCCAAGGGGAAGUAAAGCAAAGAGUGAGAAAGGCGCUGGCAGAGCAAUUUUCCGAAGGAUUACAUAUGGCCCUACUCAUCCUAAGGGCUGACAUCCCAUUCUGCGAAGAGGAAAACCAGUACACUGUCAAAUUAGCAGAGGAUCUCCUGGGUUCCAAGUGGAAGUAUUUCACUGCUGUGAUCUUCACACAUGGAGACAAGUUACAAGAAGCCAGGAUUACGCAAGAGGAAUUCAUUAUUUCAGCCCCCAAAUCACUAUCCUCCCUUUUAGCAAACCUUCACAAUCGAUACAUUUUCAGAGAACCUCAGGAUAAAACCCUGCGCCAGGAGCGAGAAAUCUUGACAAAUCAAAUCUUGCACUUCGUGCGACAGAACAGUUACCAACGACUGCAGCGCACAUAACAUUACAUCCAGGACCUUGUCGGCACAGACUCUUAGGGGCACAUUUAUCAAAGGUCGAGGUAAAUUUUCGAAUGAAAAAAAUUUGAAUUUCAAGCUAUUUAU